UGACCGGAAGUGAACAGAGCUGUCACGCGCCGGUGCACCUGUAAUGAGCCAGAAUCGGAACCCAACGCUACAGUGCGGGGUCACCGAUACCACGCUGGUUCUCAUGUCUGACCGGAACUCAACAGUGGCGGUGACGCACAUUUACUACCACCGAAGAAGAAGAAACCUGGUGACGUUGUCAGACUGCGCCGAGGGGUGAAACGUGGGGAGAAGACGGUAGAGCGGAUCAGUGGAGUGUCCCCACGUGAAACGGCGUGAGCAUGGCUUCGACCCAAGACACGGAGGUUCAGUUCGCACAGAGAUUAGCGUCUAACGAGAAGCCCAUCCGGACCAAGGCCCUGAAGAAACUGAGGAAAUACAUUAGCGUCAGAUCGCAGAAAGACACAGGUGGAUUCACGGGGGAUGAGCUGCUCAAGCUGUGGAAGGGCCUCUUCUACUGCCUGUGGAUGCAGGACAAGCCGCUGCUGCAGGAGCAGCUGUCAAACCAGAUAUCCACUUUGAUCCACAGCUUCCACAAUCUCAAUGGACAGAUGUUGUACCUAGAGAGCUUCCUGCAGACGUUUAAAAGAGAGUGGACUGGUAUCGACAGGCUGCGAAUGGACAAGUUCUUCCAGCUGGUUCGCUUCAUGUUCAAGCAGACAUUUGAGUUGCUGAAGAAGAGAAACUGGGACAGCAGUGUGGUGGGACGGUUUCUGGAGCUUCUGACAACUCAGCUCCUGCAGAGCGACAGUGCCGCCCCCAGCGAGCUACAGCUUCACAUCCUGGACCUGUACUUGACUGAACUGGCAGCUGUGGGUUCAGCAGAGCUCACUGCUGAACAGAACCUGGUCUUCAUUGAGCCGUUCUGUAACAAAGCAGCAGAAACCAAAGAUCAAAUUCUCUUUGGAGCCAUCUGCAGCAGCAUUUUCAGCACCAUUAUCAACCAGGCUCCCUUUGCCAUCGAAGACCUCAUAAAGGAGGUGAAAGCGCUUGAAUCGGACUCGGACUCAGGGCAGGCUUCUGCAGAGGAUGAUGACGAUGACGGAGACCAGAUACAAAAGAAAAGGAGCUUAGGGCCUGUCAAUAAAGAGAAGCAGGUCAAUGGAUGUAAAUCAAAGGAUGAGGGCGAUGACUUUGAUCAUUUGGAAGACUUGGACCCAGAGCUGCCAUGUGACAAUGAUGACGACAUAGGACCAGUCCUACAGUUUGACUAUGCAGCAGUGGCAGACAAGCUGCUGGAGUUGGCCAGCCAGAGCAGCUCGCCCAGCUACAACCGACAGAAGCUCUACAGCAUCAUCAAAGUACUGCGAGACCUAAGUGAAGGCAUCUUUCCUCAGGAUGAAUGUCCAGAGGAUGAGUCCACAGAUGAGGAUGAGGAUAUGUUUGGCAGCAGGAAGAAGAUGAAGAGAGUAGUAGCGCCUACGGAGGGUGAGGAGGGAGCACCAUCGGCUAAGAAAAGGAGGAAAAAGAAGGCAGCCGCAAUAAGCAAUGAUGACGGUGAACAAGCUGAGCUUAGUACUAACGAUCAGAAGAGGAAGAAGAGGAAGAGGAGGAGGAAUAAGAAAGCUAGUCAAGGUGCAGGAGAUGAAGAAUGCUCAGGGACGUCAAAUACAUCUGUACCUGCAGAAACCCUGCUUCACUCUGAGAAGUUAGUUCUAGAAGAAGCCAUUCUGGGCCAAAGUCAACCCCCAACCACGAAGAAGAAAAAGGGAGAGAAGGGCAAGGAGUGGCAAAAGGUCACGGCUCAGCCGGAGGAGGCAUCUGUUGCAGACGCUUCAUUCUCAAAGAAAGGAAGUCAAGAAGGUCAGAAACCGACCAGACCAGCAAGUGUUGAGGCACCACACAAAGAAACCAAGAAGAAAAAGAAAGCGGUUAAUGGGAAACCUGGGGGCAGACAGGCUGAAUCAGAUGCUAAUGGUCUGAUCUCAGAUGAUGGUCUCCCACCACCACAGUCUGAAGUUUCAGCCACAAAAAAGAAAAAGCGCCGCAAGACUGAGGAGGAAGGAAAACCUGCUGAGACCUGGCAUCAUUCCACCACAACGCCCGGAGAGAAGGCAGAGGACAGUGUCCUGCAGGAAGAGAAAGGUCACAUGUCUGAGGUCACUAAUCAAAGCACAAAGAAGAAAAGGAGAUUAAAGCAGAAAGAGCAGGACAUCAGAGCAGGAGUAGAAACCACUGAAGGGCAGGACGCUGAGACCAUAACGGCACCACCCACGAGGAAGAAGAAGUCCAAAGAGGGCAGGAACCAGGUGGUUUCUGAGACACCAUCCUCCAGGAAGACACCCAAGAAGAGGAAGAUCCCUGUGACGUUUGAAUAUGAGGCUGAGGAGCUGGAGGAGGCUGGAGCAAAGGAUGUUGGAGGGCCGUCGUCGACGCCGAGCGCUAACCUAAACAAGGCAAAGCCUGCCUCACACCCGAUGAGUGACUUCAUCACGUUUCAGAGCAACGUCUCUGUCCCAACGCCGCUCUUCUGCAAAGCCAAGGGAGGCCCCAGCACCCCGCUGGCCAGGGGGAAGGUAACGAAGUGUCAAACUCCCAAAUCAGACUCUAAGAAAGUGACCUUUGGUCUAAAGAGUAACAAAACUGCAGAGUUCAAGAAGACAGAUCGCAGCCUGUUGGUGAGUCCAGACGGCUCGUCCCGCGUGGCCUUUGACCCCAAACAGAAACCCAAGUUCGGAGUGUUGAAGUCGCCCUCCAUCCACAAAGUGAAGAGCAGCUCGUGUAAGCGACGGCCGUCGGCAGCAGACUUCUUCUAGCGCAGGCUGAGGAAUCUAUCACAAGGUGUUUUCAUCUUCGCCUGAUAUUAGUGUUAAGUGAGAGGACUUUUAAUAAAGUUGUUCAUUUGA